AGAAGAUUCGUUUGCUGUCGUUCCGUGGGUGUUUUGAGUUCCAUGUCUUGAAUUACGACUUAAGAAUCAAGUUCAAUCGUUCCUGGGUCUAAGAUUAUGAAACUGGGCCAUUUGUGAGGGAUCUUACAUAGAAAAAAUAGUGUUCUGACGCGCACUUUUCUGGAUGUUGUCAAAUGGUGCUUCUCAAGUGACGGUCCCAUUAUUUAGCCGCGGCGUGGAUGCCUUUAUGAUACGGCGGUUCUUAGCGAUCUGUCGGGCCGCCCAUGUCCUUGCUACUUUUCCGUGGCUGUUCUUUUCUAUGUUUUUGAAGUCUCCGACUGUUUGUGAGAUUAAAAUGCUGCUGUAGUCGAACGGAGACUCAGUUGUAGAUUCGCUGUCUUAACGUCGACAACUGCAUAAAACCUUGGUUAUAAGUCUUAAGUACACACAGGCAAGACAGGCUACGAUACGUGAUACAAUGGAAGAGUUUGAAGAUGAUAUUUUUGACCGCAACAUUGAUCAGCUAGAUGUAAGAGAAACACCAAGAUGGGAACUUUCUGAGGAGGAAGAUGAACCAUGUGAUGCUAAUCAUAUAGCACCUCUUGUCAAUCAACAGAAAGAAGAAAAGAGUUCAAGAGUUUCUCAACAAGCCAACCCUUCAUCUAUUACAACUAUCACCAGCAUACAAUCUAACGGAAGGCCAACCAUMAACCCUAUUUACCAGACAAAAAUUGUGAAGGGGUUUCAACAGAUGCCAAGGCAAGGGAUUCCUGUACAAUCACAAAGUCCAGUUCUUAAUAAUGGUGGGCUAAGUAGCACAAGUACAACAGAAAGUGUUAAAACAGUGAUGUCACCUAUAUUGUUACCAAGGAACUUGGAUAAGAAAAAGAUUGAAGAACUUGUUAAUGCUGCUUACAAGGAUGAUGGUGAUUCUGUCAAGGAUUUUGGUGCAGCCGAGAGAGAGAAAAGACCCACAGUCAAUGCUUCCACAGCAAACAGCCCAACAAAAGAUGUCAUGAGUAGGCUUCCACCAUGGGAAGAUGAUGAUGCUGACUCAAUCAAGGAUUACACAGGCAAUGACAGGAAAAAGGAAGAACAGUAUAUGGUGAGAACCGACGAGGCAAUCUACCAGAGAGCUUCAGAGGAACACAUCAAAAGACCUCCAUUAUGGCAUGAUGAUGAGGUUGACUCUCUCAGGGACUUUGGACGUAUUUUAAGCAAGCAAGAAGUACCAUCUGGGAUGAUGAGCCAACAGUUGAGUAGAGUUCCAUCUGAUGAAGAGAUUUGCCUGUCACCCCCCUGGAUUGAGGAAGAGGAUGGACAAGACACGAAUAUCCAGUGUCCAGAAGCAGACCUCAAGAGUUUUACGGUUAGGAAAAUGAUGGCAGAACAACGUAUCCAACAAGUCCCUCCCUGGCAUGAAGAUGAUUCUACAAAGAAUUAUGCUGAAUUCUGGAAGCUUGGAUCAAAAGAGAAUUCCAGACGUCCAUCAGAUGAAAAUAUUUACCUUACCCCACCAUGGAUGGAAGAUGAUCGGGAAUCUUGUGGGAACCAAAGUGCAUCGUCGCAAACGACUCUUGAUGAGAAGCGAUUCAUUGAGGAAGAAGUGAGAACGUCUAGUGUGGCCCCAUCCAAACUACAAGUCUUGAAUGAMGAACAGAACGAUUCGACCACAGAGAACCAGCUACUAGGGCGUGACAGUGGUUUCUGUAGUGAACAAGACCAAAAUCAACAGACACAAGGUUUCCCCCAAGGUCAGGACGUUGAGUCGAUCAAAACCACUACGGUUCCAAAUGACAUGAUGACUUGCCUACCCARAGUGCCAAACUCUAAAGAGACAAUAGAUACUGCAGAAAACAUUUCAACUACCAACCAGCUCAUCCUCCCUGCAAAACAAUCAUCACUAACACAGGGCAGUAAAGAAACUACGAAAACUACGAGUUUUAUACCUCAACUUCCUGACGACCAGCAAAUGCAAACAUCAUUUUUGCCCCACAUCCCUUUGUUAGCUGGGAAUGUACAUGAUAAGCAGGAGAAAUUGGUGGCGCCAGUAGUUCCCCUGACAAACUCACGAUUAUGCGACGUUGAUGUAAAAGGUAUUGCUCGCAGCAUCAGCCAAUCAAGUCUUGAAGCAAACUGUUAUUCACCUCACGACGCCCUUGAAGGCUUAGAGACGUCAAGUGUUGUCAGCUUCGCGAGUACCGCUGCUACCCACCAUGACCUCGACACUCGAAUCGACAUGAUGCAGUCCUUGAUCUCGUUGCUGGGRACCCACGACAAAGACGAUAUGUCAAGAACGCUGCUCGCAAUGUCCAACAGCAAAGACUCGUGUGCUGCAAUGAGGCAGUCAGGCUGUCUUCCUUUACUCAUUGACCUGAUCCAUGGCCAUGACAACCCAAUGGCUCGACGUGACUGUAGAUCUAGAGCUGGUCUUGCUCUACACAAUAUUGUGUACUCCAACCCUGAGGAUCGCAGAGGAAGGCGGGAAAUCCGUGUGUUAAGGCUUCUAGAGAUUGUACGAGCCCAUUGCGAUGCCGUUAUGUACAGUAACCUCCCACCUCAUCCAUGUGCAGAGAGAUGGUAUCCCCCUUUACGGGAUUAUGGCCCAGGCCCUGCUGUGGCUGCUUUGAUGAAGUUGUCGUUUGAAGAGGAACACCGUAACGCCAUAUGUGAAUUGGGAGGCUGCCAAGCAGUGGCUGAGCUCGUGGAAAUUGACCAUAAAGUGAACGCCGACUGCAAUGAUCUGUACAGUGUCAGUCUUCGCAAGUAUGCCGGUAUGACCCUGACGAACCUCACGUUUGGAAACACUAAAAAUAAAACUAUACUGUGCAAAAUGGAGAAGACAGUCAAGGCAAUUAUAGCGCAAUUGAAGACCACCAACGAAGAAGAACUUGUGCAAGUAUCCGCUAGCGUCCUACGGAAUCUCUCCUGGCGUGCUGACGAAGUAUCUCGAGAUGCUUUGCGUAAAGUGGGUGCGGUUAGAGGAUUAUUUGAGGCUGCACAGAAGGCCCAGAGUGAGACUGUGUUAAGGACUUUGCUCAGUGGCCUAUGGAACCUGUCAGCACACUGUCCUGAAAACAAGACCGAACUGUGCAAUAUUCCUGGUGCCCUACGGUUCAUCGUGAGAAGCCUGAGCUAUUGUAGUCCAAGUGGUAACAUGUCGGUCGUCGAAAGCAGUGGUGGGAUACUUAGGAACUUAUCAUCCCAUAUUGCUGUACUUCCUGAAUGUCGUGAGAUCCUUCGCGACAACAGCUGCUUCCAAACAUUACUAAGUCACCUAAGAUCUUCCAGUGUUCGCGUCGUUAGCAAUGCUUGUGGUGCAUUGUGGAAUCUGUCAGCUAGAUGUAUCGAAGACCAGCAGAWGCUAUGGGAACUAGGAGCCGUCAGCGCACUUAAGUCAUUGGUGACCUCUAAGCACAAAGCCGUCGCCACCUCCUCCGCAGCUGCACUUCGUAACCUAAUGGCCGUGAAGCCAUCCAGUCGCCAUGGUAGCGAUAGUGAGUCUGUGUCGUCAUGUGCGUCAAAGCGUUAUCGUCUCAGUCUUCCCUCAAGUAGUCGGCAACUAGAGACUCAAUCCAAAUUAAAACACUGCAAAGAAGCUACGAACGUCGAGGGGAUUCCACACAAAACUCUGUCGUCAACUUCCAGGUCUCCCCAACAAACAUCCCCCAGAACUAAGUCUCCAGACGUUCAUCGUAAGCCAACACAAGCGUCAUAUUCACAUAUCACAGAAACGAGUAAUUACCAUGGAGGAUCUUCAUCAUCAAUUGAUCAAGCGACCAAAGACAAAGCUUGUCACACUUUAGACACGCGGGAUGUCACUAUGGAUACCACGGGAAGACACUCGGGGAAUGUACGUAGAUCAAACCACAUGGAUUCGAGCAGCAUAGGCAGUGGGGCUUCCGAGGGAAGGCAUGGUCAUCUAGCACGCUGGAGUGGUAGUAACGACUCCUUAGCUCAACACCGUCGCCAGAAGAACAAGAACAAUCAUCAAACGAAAGCCAGUCAUUCAGCAACGGAAGCUACGGGACAACAUUCCCGUUCGUCAAGCGAUGGUUGUGCUGUUUUACAACUUCUGACCGACAGCUACCCGCUACAAGUAACCGCAAAGACAAGCAACAGCCAACAUGGCGAAAAUCAACCUGUUGUGUCUCCAGCUACGGCUCGCAGGCUCAACCAAUGGGCCGAGGACCAAGCUAUUGAAAGUAUYGAGAUGUCUCAACUAUAUAUCUGUUCACAAGCUGAUCGACGUCAGGUUCACAAUCCCGCACGCUUCGCUGGGAGCCGCGAGAGCCUGGGUUCUAGUUCAUCCCGUCAUCGAAAGAAACACACCCAGAAGUUUCGGUCGUACAGGGACUCGGAGAGUGAGCGCGAAGCAGACAUAGACUCCGAUGAAGAAAAGAAUGUGUUUGGAGUUAAAGCGGGAGGUUUCGGCAAUGCGUGGAUAAAGAGAGGAGACAGCAGAGUUUCUAAUACCAAGAAUGUUAUCAGAACUCAAGAACCAACCGCAAAAUUUACACAGGACGUUGGACCAAAGCACACGUGUGUUUGUAGAGAAAAGCCAAAUAUCUGGAUGCGACGUAGUAAGACAGAUAAACGUGGAUUUUGUAAGAAGUGUGUGAAGAAAGAAGUCGACGAAAAGUCACGGCCCGUCGUUAAAAGUCGACGAGAUUCAAGUGAUUCGCCACUUUCUAGUCCCAAUGUCGUUAGGGGCUUCGCUGUAGACAUUGAUAGUGAUCCGAGCAAACGAGGGGUUAAAGUCACAUCUCUUUAAUAAGACAUUAAUAUUGAUAUGUUACACUGUGAUGGUGCUAAAAGUGCUGUUUUCGGAUGGUUACUUGUUAUGUUGGCACAUAUAUUAUUAAAAGUUAUAUGUGAAGAAUAA